AAAUAAUACUACUUGAGAUCAGAGGAUAACAAUGGCGGGUGUUUCGGACCCUCAGCCUGAUAAGAUUCUCAACUAUCCACAAAAUGGGGAACUGAUAUUUCUCUUUAGGAAGAAGUUGAUAAGCUAUGACUUUCAGAGAGCGUUGGUCCUCACGGCAUUUUCGAGCUACCACCUAAGAAGUCUUCCGGGGCUGCUGCUCGAUGUCAUCACCGGGGAUGGACUGAUGGUCUGGUGUUACACACCAGCUAUACACCGUGGUGUCGUGUUAAGAAGCCAUCGAGAUAUGCCCAAUUUCCAGUUCAAAAAAUCUGGUUGGGACCAAAUUGUUGCCGCGAAUGGAUUCCUCAUUGGACAACUAAUCGAUUGCUGGGCUCUAUAUGAUGCAGAGGAUGGUCUGCAUGGCAAUUUGAGCUUUCUGAUCCAACCGGUUGGCGACUGUGGGGUACCUCAUGAAGCUGCUUCUGGAGGAGCAGAAACAUCAAGUGAAAGUUAAAGAGGAUCAGCAUUCUGAACAAUGCUUAAGAAAUAUUCGACCCUAAGUGAUAGAUAGCUAGUUUUCUUUCUGUUCUCUCAGUUUUUAUGGUCUUUAGAAUGUGAUGAUAAUUGAGCGAUCAUUCUCUUAAGAAUUAGAUAACUGACUCGCA